UGACCUGUUCAUCCACUCUAGGAUAACUCGGAAAGUUUCCGAAAGCUCACCUUUUGGAUCUGAAGAACGAAAGAUGGAAAAUAAAGUGACCUGUUUAAGUAAAUGGAGUGUAAUUUCCUUUGCUGUUCUAGCCUUUACAGAAAGUUUGUUGAUACCACUCGUUGUGUAUCGUAUAUGUUACCAGUCCACUAGUGCAUUUGUACCUAGCCAGUGUGUCAACUGCCCCUUUCUUGCGCUACAAGGAUAUUCCUUCAGCUGUUUCGGCAAUACUGCAUUUCCAAGAAACAUGACCCCAAGUCAAGCUCAGUGUAUGAUUCAACGAUGUCAAAAUGAAACUAUUCAUUGGCUUGAAUAUGUUCUGAGAACAUUUAGUGUUGCGCAAGGCUUCAAGGAUACCAGGCCACCACACGGAGUCAAACGCAUUUUUUGA